AUGCCGCGCUUCUUGGGAAAUGUUGCCAACCUUGCCAGCCUGGGCCUGCCUCGGGGGCCUGCGUGCGCCGACCAGGCGCGAGGGCCAGUCCUCAACCAGCCCCCGCUCCCAGCACCGGGCGCCUUCCCCACCCGGCAGGUGGGGGCUCUGGAAGCCAGCGCGCAGCCACAUGGCCCCGGGCCGGGCUGGGGGUCGCGGGGUCACGCGAGGUCCUGGGGGCGCCUCGGCACGAGACGCACCGUGUCCUCCAGGGUCCCGGAGCGGGCGCAGCGCUUCUGCCCAAGGCUGACCGUGCCCAGCCGAGCGCCUGAAGCGGUGGCGGCGCCGGGACAGGAGAUGAGGGAGGAUGUGGGAAACGUCUGUCAGCUGCUCCCGUUUCUCCGGCCGGGCCUGGGGGAGAAUCCGGGAUCUCUCCAGAGGCCAGACGGCCGGGAGCCCCGCCGGGCCGGGCUCUCCCCGCGGCGCCACCGCGCGCCGCUUUCCGACCGAGGACCGGCCGGGCCUCCGCGCCCCUCUGCGCUCCCGGCGACGCGCGGCCACCGCGGCUCCGCCGCCGCUACUGCCGCCGCCACUCCCCCCGCAUUCCAGAGGCCGCAGCGCCGUCUCCUUCCUCGCAUUCCUCCCCCCACAAAGGAGUCCCUCCGCCCCCGGGGCAGCCCGCGGGCCAGCCUGGCGGGCUCGGACGGCGGCGGCGGCAGCGCCCGCUCCAGCGGCAUCAGCCUGGGCUACGACCAACGCCACGGCAGCCCGCGCCCCGGCCGCUCGGACCCGCGCCCCGGCCCCGGGCCGCCGUCGGUGGGCAGCGCCCGCUCCAGCGUGUCCAGUCUGGGCUCCCGCGGCUCGGCCGGCGCCUACGCCGACCUGCUCCCGCCCGGCGCCUGCCCCGCGCCGGCGCGCUCCCCGGAGCCCGCGGGGCCUGCCUCCUUCCCGCUGCCUCCGCUGCAGCUGCCCGCGGCCCGGGAGGGCGGCCCGAGCGCGGCGGAGCGGCGGCUGGAGGCGCUGACCCGAGAGCUGGAGCGGGCGCUGGAGGCGCGCACGGCGCGGGACUACUUCGGCAUCUGCAUCAAGUGUGGGCUUGGCAUCUACGGAGCAAGGCAGGCGUGCCAGGCGAUGGGGAGCCUGUAUCACACCGAUUGCUUCACCUGCGACUCCUGUGGGAGACGACUCCGAGGGAAAGCGUUCUACAACGUGGGUGAGAAAGUGUACUGCCAAGAGGACUUCCUGUACUCCGGGUUCCAGCAAACGGCUGACAAGUGUAGCGUGUGUGGACACCUCAUCAUGGAGAUGAUCCUGCAGGCCCUCGGGAAGUCCUACCACCCAGGCUGCUUCCGGUGCUCCGUGUGCAAUGAGUGCCUGGAUGGGGUGCCCUUCACUGUGGAUGUGGAGAACAACAUCUACUGUGUCAGAGACUAUCACACGGUUUUUGCACCAAAAUGUGCCUCCUGUGCCCGUCCUAUCCUCCCUGCACAGGGCUGUGAGACCACCAUCCGCGUGGUGUCCAUGGACAGAGACUACCACGUGGAGUGUUAUCACUGUGAGGACUGCGGGCUGCAGCUGAGCGGGGAGGACGGACGCCGCUGCUACCCCCUGGAGGGCCACCUGCUGUGCCGACGCUGCCACCUGCGGCGCCUCCGGCCAGGCCCACUUCCCUCCCCUGCCGUGCACGUCACUGAGCUCUGAGCAGGGCAGGGAGCCCGACCUUAGGGGGGUGGGGACGGGGGUGUGGGUGCGAGUGUGAGUGUGAGUGUGGGUGGGAUGGGUGGCCCAGGUCAGAGUCCGAGCUUGUGUGCUCCCACCCUGGCUCCACCCCACUUGCCCCCAGCUGCUGUCCGAGGGGCCGGCCCCGCGGCGAAGCUGCUUCUAUUUAUUCACCGUCUGUGCCUCCUCAAGCCGUGUCCCUUUUUCCCAGCUCUGCCUGCCCCCCUCCCCACCCCAGCACUGGCCUCUGUUGCGGGACCGCCUGUGCCCCAUGGCCUCAGGGGCAGGCUCCCAGACCGGCUGUGGGUCACGGGGCUGGAGACGGCCUCUACCGCGUGCAGGGGCACGGGGUACACGGCCACCUUCCCCCGACUGGCCUCAGAGUGGUAGCCAGUUUCCCUGUUUGGAAGGGGCCUGGGACCCCCUCCCAGAGCUCCCCAGGGCAGGGGGUGGUCUGGCAGGGGACUUGGUGGAGGGCAGGCGUGCAGUGUGCCGGCUGGUGGGUGGGAAGGCUUCUUUGUGUGGAUGGGGUCAUGGGAGGGUCGAGGAGUCACACCUUUGGGGAGAGGGGCCUGCAAAGGAGCCCUGCCUUGGCCAUGGUGGUCGCUGUGGGAUUUGGCCACCUGACAUCUAAUGGGUGUGUUAAGCCACUAUCCCGCCUCAUCUCCCCAUCCCUGGCUCCUGGCUGGGGGACCAUCCCCCUCCAACCACGCCAUCCUUCACCUCGGGAGGAGAACCUUCUGACGCGGAAUUCCAGCACAGGUCUCGUCCACAGAAGCCGUGUGGGCGCCCCCCGCAUGCAGGGGGAGCACCUGGGCGGGAAAGCCCUGUCUAUCAGGCCCCACGACAAAAGCAGAGGAUUUGACUUAAAUUAAGUUUUUCCUUCAAGAAUAUUUUCGUUUUCUUUAAAAGAAUAUAGUUUUCUUCUAAAA